AAGGUGCAGGUUGUAUCUCAGCUUCUUAGAAUUACAAUGAUCCUUGAGGACAAUCAAGGACCCAAGGACUAGGUUCUUGGGAUUCCAGGGAGUUUCUGAAGAGGUUCUGGCUCCAUCAACCAGCGGGAUCGAUUGUGAGAUGAUGAAUCUAAAUACUGCAUCGUCGGAAUGAAGACGGCCACAUCCUUCAGUGCAGAACACGGAGCACGAGCACUUCCUGUCGGGCUUGCGCGCCUCCGUCGCUCGGACGCAGAGGCAGUGCGCGUGUCCGCGUUGAAGGGCUCGUGUCAUCUGCAGCGAGGGAGACGUUCGGGAGCUGCGGAGAGAACAGUGUUGCUUCGACAUUGGAUGUGAUUGAAUAACACAACUUCAGAAAAGAGGUCGACGGCGUCCUGGUCGGAAGCACUCAGACGUCUCCAUGUCUUUGUUGUGCAGGAUGAAGCGAGCCGCCUCCCUGCUGCUGCUGCUGGGCGGCGCUCUGAGCGUCUGUCGGGCUCAGCCGGACGCGGGAGGCGAGGAGACGGCCGGCGAGGAGGAGCACGUGGAGCUCUUCACCACGCCAGCCGCCAAGAUGGCCGCCGCCACCUCAGACUUCGGCUACAACCUGUUCCGCGCCCUGGCGAGCCGCGAGGCCGCCGCCAACGUCUUCCUGGCCCCCGUCAGUGUGUCGGCGGCGCUGACGCAGCUCUCUAUGGGUGGGUCUGAGCAGGCUCAAAGGCAGCUGUUCAGGGCUCUGAGGUACCACACCCUGCAGGACCCUCAGCUCCACAACACCCUGAAAGACCUGCUGGUCGCCGUCAGGACGCCUGGAAAAGGCCUGAGCACGGCCGCUCGCAUCUACAUGGCAAGACGACGUCUGAAGCAGGACUUCUUCUCGCUCGUGGAGCAGCAGUACGGAGUCCGUCCGAAGGUGCUGCUGGGAGGGAACAAAGACGUGAAGGAAAUCAGCGACUGGGUGGCUCGGGAGACCGGCGGGAAGGUGCAGCGCCUCUUGGAAAAGCCCCUACCCUCGAACUCCGGAGUGAACCUCGUGAGUGCCGCUUACUUCAAAGGGAAGUGGGUGACUCGCUUCGGACAGAGCGGAGCCAUGGAGAACUUCCAGGUGGACGGCGGGGCACCCGUCCGUGUUCCCAUGAUGCAACAGGACAACUACCCGGUGAAGAUGGGCGUUGACUCAGAUCUGAGAUGCACGAUUGCUCAGAUUCCAAUGCAGGACGACAUCAGCAUGUUCAUCUUCCUGCCAGAUGACGUGACCUCCAACAUGACCGCGUUGGAGGAGAGUCUGACUGCCGAGUUCGUCCAGGACCUCUCCAUGACGCUGCACCCUGCCCAAGUGUCCCUCUCUCUGCCUGACCUGAAGCUCAGCUACUCCACUGAUCUUCUGCCGCUGCUGGGCGACCUGGGUCUUUCUGAAUGGCUAGCGAAUACGGACCUGGAGAAGAUCUCAAAUCAGCGCCUCAAGCUCAGCAGCGUCAAACACAAGGUUGUCAUGGAGACGGCGCCUGAGGGUAACAAGUACCCCGGUGCCGCCUCCGUAACUCCCCUGUCCUAUCGGGUGGACCGGCCCUUCCUCUACCUGAUCCGCGAUGAGGCAUCGGGGGCCAUGCUCUUCAUCGGCAGGGUGGUCAACCCCAAGGACCUGACCAUAUAACACAACCAGUACUGUGCUUCUAUCUGUGUGAGGACAAUCACCCCCUACGGACCCCCCUCUGCCCAACCCCAACCACCCUAAACGCCUAACUCCAACUCUGAAUCGCUUGAUUACACCUAAUUCAAAUGUGAACCUUAAAACCAAGUCUGAACACCCAAAAAAGUCCUCACUCUCAAGGUCUAAAUUGUGGUUCUCACAUACUCCAAAAUACUUGCACUUCUCUUGACUACAACACAUUCUUUGACAUCACACUAACCGUAUCCCAAACCUAAUUAGUCUGAAUCCUCAUAUAAGCCGUUGAAUUGAGGUCCUGUCAAAAUAUCCUUACUUUCCAGAAAGGUCCUCACAUGGUCUACUACAGUGUAGUCCUCACAAGGCUACAUGUACAAGUACACACACACUCUUAGCAGGUCUAGGAGGGAUUUCAGGCUUUGCAUUUCCGGUGGCAGAUAUAUGCAAGUAUAUUUGAGUUUUCAUAUUUCCUUUUUACACACAGAAAAUAAUCAGAGUAAGCAAAAGUAUUUUCUGUUCAAUACGGAAGAAAAUAUUGUAAUUUCUGUCAGUAGAAAUAAAACGAUAGUGAAACAAAA